AUGAAGAUUAUGGCAAAGAAGGUAUUGUCUGACGAGUUGAUUGAGCAGCAUUUAGAUAUUCCGUCAGAAACUGAAUACAGUCAAGACCUUUCAAGUGCGCAAAGUGAUAAUGACCUGGUGAAGAUCAGAGAAAACUUGUACCAAAUGAAUGAAGUUGGUGACUCUGAAAAUGAGCCUACUCGGUAUGCAGCAUUUACUUCUGCUAAUUGCAGUUCCUUCCUCAACGAAAAUAUAAAUGAAGAAUCGACAAAUCCUCAGCCCAUCAUAUCAGGACCAAAGCUAGCUAAAAGUCUUUGUAUGUGUGGUCCGUCGUUAAAGACGGACCAAAGAAAAAGAGCAAGACCCUCUUCUGCUGUAGAUAACAUUAUCGAGAAGAAGAAAACAAAUAAUGAAGCUAUCCUUCCAUCUCGAUAUGAAUCCGGAACGCCAGCGCCAGUAGCGGCACUCGAUGGAGUUUGUGUAAGCGUGCGCCAGAGCCUAGAGGGGAACGUGGGACAUCACUUCUCUCCAGCGUUCGGCUCGUGCGGUCACAGAACUAUCGCGCAGUCCGGUCUCAUACUUGAACUGUAUUACUGA